AUUUCACAGUGUACAGUUUUUCAGAAUCAUGAAGUCGUUAGCACUCUGCGUUUCUUUGAUUGCCUGUGUUUUCGGAGUAACACAUAAUGAUUUGGCGACAAUCGUCGAAAUGGUGAUCGUAGAUACGGACGUAGAUCGGGACGGUUUUAUAUCGGAGGCAGAACUACAAAGUGAAUUCCUUGGUAGAUUUGACAGUAAUAAUGAUGGUAUAAUAGUAAAGAACGAGUUUAUUCAUGGCUGGACAACACGAUACGGGGAUAAACACCACCACACCGAAGAAUUCUUUAACAAUAUUGAUUUAAAUGGAAAUGGCAUGAUUGAUACAGCUGACAUCGAGGGAAACAUGGUAGUUAUUGACACAAACGCUGAUACCCUUAUCUCCGUUGACGAAUACAGAGCAUUUAUCCUUGCGAAACACCCAUGUGGAGAUCAUGGAUUGGAUUGCACUGCUUAGUUUGAGUCUGUUUUAUAUUGAACAGAUUAUAGUAAAAUACAAUGCCAAAAUA